GGCUCACACGAAGGAUCCUGCACCGUCGUGGCAAUCGGCUCAGAUGUUAGGGGCUUUAAGGAGGGCGACAGAGUCAUGGCAGGCAUCAUCUACCACCCCUACGGCAUGUGUCCCGAUUGUCUCGACCCGGAGAAUUAUAGUCAGUAUUGUCCCUGGAUUGAGGAGUAUGUCGGUGUUACAUGUUUUGCGGAGUAUGCAAGGAUUGAUUCGAGGACUGCUGCUGUGCUCCGGAUAAGGUGUCUUUCGAGAUGGCAUCACCUUUGGCUUGCGCAAGGAUUACAAUUUACCGCAGAGUUAUCUUUCAGGUGUAUAGAAGGGGGAGUGGUUGGCUAUGUUCGCUUGUCUCAAAUAACACUAUGACGAAGAGUGGGGGCGGGCUGGGCCAUCUUGGCGUUCAAUGUGCGGAAGCAUUGGCGGUUGAACGUCGUCGGUAUCGAUGCACGAGACGAGGGCCUCGAGUUGACAAAGAAGGGUGGUGCGGACGUAGUCAUCGACGCGCGGAAGGGGCCACGAGGAAGUGGUUAAGCAGGUCCACGCCGUUCGGCGACGCGAAGAAUGCAAUGAGGACUGGCAUGUGCAAUUACAAAGACGCACGGCGCCCGUCAUUCAGACCGCGCAGCCCCACACUGUCAUCGUGCCCUUCCAGGAACUCAUCUUGCGCGAUCUCCGCAUCCGAGGCUCUCUCGUCUCCUCACUCGAAGAAGUGCGUCAGAUUCUGCAAGUUGUAGCCGAGCACGGCGUCACGAUGAAUGCAAAUCCGUUCAAUGGUCUUGGGGAGAUUCAGAAAUUGGUACAUCUUGCUGAGAGCGGCGAGAGGAAGGGCAAGGGCACGGUUAUCGGUUAUCAUAGACCCCGAGCAGGUCAAGAAGGAGAAGGAGAAUGCUGGGGGUGCAAGCUCGCGUAUGUUGAGGGGUUGUGGGGACCUGCAGCUGUUAGGGAGGGGCUAGCGAGGCGUAGAGCGGCUGGGUGUGAAGCCGAUUGGAAACAACUCCUAUGGGUAAACAGCGAUCUGUAUAGCUCUUGAUGAAAAUGCAGCGUCAAUUUCGGA